AUGACCAAACAAAAGGUGGCAAGUGAGGUCAAAGGCCCAGCUAAGUACAAUGUCGGCUGGCGACGUGUGGUCAGGAAUUUCAGCCCAUCGUGGUUCGCUGUCACAAUGGGAACCGGGAUCGUUUCGGUGCUUUUCAAUUCCGUUCCGUUUUCCUCGCCAGUUCUUCACUACAUUUCCAUCGUAUUCUUUGUGUUGAAUGUUAUCAUUUUCGCGCUGGCAUUUAUCACCUCUAUCGUGCGAUACACCUUAUAUCCUGAGAUCUGGCGAGUGAUGAUCCAAGAUCCCACAAAUUCACUAUUCUUGGCAACUGUGCCUAUGGGCUUUGCUACCCUCAUUGAGAUGUGGGUUCUUGUCUGUGUUCCCCGUUGGGGUGAAUGGGCCUCGUCCUUUGUAUGGGCAUUAUGGAUGGUGGAUGUUGUGGCAGCAGCCUCGGUCACGCUUUCGCUAUCAUUUAUUCUGAUAUCUCAACGGCAUAUCACCUCUUUAGACCGAAUCACGGCGCUUCAAUUGCUGCCGAUAGCUGCAACUAUUGUCGCGGCGGGUGCAGGUGCCGAGAUCGCUAAUAUUCUGCCUAACAAGACCCAUGCAAUGGGAACGCUCUUGGUUUCUUUCAUACUGUGGGGCAUGGGCACACCGUUAGCAAUGGCAGUGCUUGUCAUUUACUACCAGCGCCUUGCAGUGCAUAAACUGCCUCCUCGCGAGGCUAUUGUGAGCUGCUUUCUACCAUUGGGGCCAUUGGGAUUUGGCGGAUUCGGCAUCAUUUACAUCGGAAAAGUAGCUCGUGAACUCUUCCAAAACUCUGACAUUCUCGAUCCCAUUGCGGGCUCCAUGGCCUACGUUCUUGGUGUCUUUAUAUCUUUGCUUAUGUGGAGUUUUGGGCUGAUUUGGCUUGUCUUUGCUUUUGCAACUGUUUUAUACAGUUCUCCUUUCCCUUUCAAUAUGGGAUGGUGGGGCUUUACGUUCCCACUGGGUGUAUAUGCAGCUAAUACAAUGGAGCUGGGGAAAGAGUUAGAUCUCAUGUUUUUCAAGGUCUUUGGAACAAUUCUCAGUACCGCUGUUUUGCUCUUGUGGGUAUUGGUGGCUUCUCGAACUGCUCUAGGAGCAUGGCGUGGAACUUUGUUUUAUGCGCCAUGUUUGCAGAAUUUGGGUCUGAAAGAGGAUGAAACUGAAGGGGAACGCCUGCGGGCAUAG